AUGCACCACGAUCACCACCCCGACCUUUCCCAACAACACAAAUCUGCACGACCGGAGAGUUGGACGGUUAGUGUCGCGAUUGACGCGUGUGAUUUGAAGGAGGGGAGGGUCGAAGGGAGUAUGGAGGCCAGAGACGUCCCGCAUGCGCCGGCGGGAACGAGGAUUCGGACGAGGUGGGUUGGGGAGGUCGUUGAUUGGAAUGUGUAUGGCUUGGCGACGGGGAAGUGGGGUGCGGCUGUUGGUGUUGAUCGGGAGUAUUGGGGCAAGUUGGCGCCGUUUUGUGGGGGGGGUCAACAGGCGGAAACAGUGGCCGAGGCGGACAGGUUUUGGAAGAGGGUGAGGGAGGAGUACGUCCUCAUGCGCUGGAAGGAAACGAACUUCAUCCCCUCACCCACCGCACCCGCUAUUCCUUGCUCAUCAUCCGGGUCUUCCGUCACCUCACCGUCGAAUCCGCCACAGGAAGCGUGUUUGACCAUCGAUGGGUUCUAUUAUCUCGUACUGCAUAGGAGUACGGGGUUGAUUGAGGGGUACUAUUUCGAUCCGAGUACAGUGCCGUAUCAGUGUUUGGAGUUGGUGCCGGGUGUUGAGGGGAGGAGGGGAGAUUGGGGCUCGUACACCUUUAACUGA